CAGGAAUCACGUGUCUCUGACACCACCAUCACGUGACGUCGACCGCUGCUUCAGGGCCACAGACUAUCGCAGGCCGAUGUCCAGUUGGGUGUACGCAGACCCGAGGAUGUCUUACGACGAUUAUCAGUAUCCGGUUGUGUUGCCGCUGUACGAGAAUCCCCCCGGCUGGAUCCCGCUCCGUGAGAGGCUGCACCACCCAGACUACAACAACGAGCUGACCCAGUUCCUGCCGCGGACUGUCGUGCUGAAGAAACCGCCAGGCGCUCAGCUCGGCUUCAACAUCCGUGGAGGGAAGGCCUCACAGCUCGGGAUCUUCAUCUCCAAGGUGAUUCCCGACUCCGAUGCGAGCCGUGUGGGGCUGCAGGAGGGAGACCAGGUCCUCGCUGUGAACGAGGUGGAUUUUCAGGACAUUGAGCACGGCAGGGCUGUUGAGAUACUGAAAUCAGCCAGAGAGAUUACAAUGAGAGUGCGGUACUUCCCUUACAAUUUUCAAAGGCAGAAAGAAAGGACAGUUCACUGAGCAGCUGCUCUGCUGACACCCACCUGUGCCUCAGGAACUUUAUCAGGAGAAUCUUCAAGAUAGCUGCUCGACUGGACCAUCUGCAGGCACCUGUUGCACACCUUUCACAGCCGGGGGUGGGGGUGGG